GGCGGGCGCCGGACCCCCAGGCGGAACGACAGGUCUCGGGCCCUCAGGCGGAGCGGCGGGCGCCGGGACCCCCAGGCGGUAGCGACAGGUCUCGGGCCCUCAGGCGGAGCGGCGGGCGCCGGACCCCCAGGAGGAGCGACAGGUCUCGGGCCCUCAGGCGGAGCGGCGGGCGCCGGACCCCCAGGCGGAGCGGCGGGCACCGCGUCAUCUGGCAAGGCAGUGGGCUCCGAGUCAACUGGUAUGACCGCGGGCACUGGGUCAGACAUUGGAUCGUCUGACCGGACAGCGGGCAUCGGGUCACCAGGCAUCAAGUCAUUUGGCUCGACAGCGAGCACCGCGUCAUCUGGCAAGGCAGUGGGCUCCGAGUCAACUGGCAUGACCGCGGGCACCGGGGGCAGACAUUGAAUCGUCUGGCUGGACAGCGGGCAUCGGGUCACCAGGCAUCAGGUCAUUUGGCUCGACCGCGGGCACCGCGUCAUCUGGCAAGGCAGUGGGCUCCGAGUCAAACUGGUGUAUGACCGCGGGCACUG